AUGUUGUUUCAGAGCAAGGUCAUCGAAGCUCGAAAGUACAUCCCCAUGGUAACACAGGCCCUCAAACAACUGUCCCUGGUCCGUUCCUUGGUACCGGAACUGGUCCAGAGAGUCAUGCAGGUGAACAGUGUGGUGCUGAGUUCUGAUCAGUUUGACAUUCUGGUGAAGAUCAUCAACAGCUCCGUGACUGACAAUAAGACUGCUAUGGCCCUUCUGCCAGUGUCUACCAUCAUGUACAGGCUCGACUUCUGGAAGUCGGCACUCUACUCCGCCGUGCAGGCCGAGCUUGUUCGAAUCUACGCCGAACUCGAACUGACCGAUCAGGACAGGACCCCACCCAAGACGGGCUCGCAGAGGGUCACCGUGGGCGACAGACCCGAGGACAAUAUUGAUUUGGCCGAUCCUCUUGAGCCGGAGAUUGGCGAGAUAACUCUUCGCAGUCGCCAACGGUUACGAUCGUCGGAUCCGUCUGCUCUGCGGGCCAUGAGACGGACUGCCCUCUCCAAGAGCAUGAGAAUGAGGAUGAGGGCGAGUGUCGUGUUGCCGGAUGAGGAGCGAGAGGUGUUAAAAGAGGAUUUGUUGGAUUUCAUAAGCCGGUUCCUGAGAAUGGUGGAAUUGGAACUGAAUUUCGAGUUCAAUCGUCAUGGAAAAAUCAGGGGGCAGAUGAAAGAUCAAGCCAAGGCGAAUAAAGCCGCCAGUACUGGAAGGCGAGACUAUGAUAAGCUACGGAAUACACUGCUAUCUGCUGAUGGAUGGGCGAGAUGA